AUGGCCACCCUGCAGAAAUCUGAAAGCUUUUCCCUUAUGGGGACUCUGGCUGCCAGCUGCCUCCUUCUCAUUGCCCUGUCGGUGCAGGGAGGAGCAGCCGUCCCUGUCAGGUCUCACUGCAGGCUUGAUAAGUCCAACUUCCAGCGGCCCUACAUCACCAACCACACCUUCAUGCUGGCUAACGAGGCUAGUUUGGCAGAUAACAACACAGAUGUUCGUCUCAUUGGAGAGAAACUGUUCCGCGGAGUCAAUAUGAGCGAGCGCUGCUAUCUGAUGAAGCAGGUGCUGAACUUUACUGUUGAAGAAGUGCUGCUCCCCCAGUCUGAUAGAUUCCAGCCCUACAUGCACGAGGUGGUGUCCUUCCUGGCCAGACUCAGCAAUGAGCUAAGCCAGUGUCGCAUUGAGCGUGAUGACCAGCAUAUCCGCAGAAAUGUGCAACAGCUGAAGGACACGGUGAAAAAGCUUGGAGAGAGUGGCAAGAUUAAAGCAAUUGGAGAACUAAAUUUGCUGUUUAUGUUCCUGAAAAAUGCCUGCAUUUGA